AGUCCUUCCGUUAAGUGGGUGUCAAAUUAUUGACGCCGUGUCCGACGUGGCAAGGAAGAGGUGAUAGUGGUUAGUAAACGUGUAAGGCUUCCCGCCUUUGGACAUAACGCAUGCUGCUUACCCUGACUCUUCUUCUUCUUCUUCUUCUUCUUCUUCUUGUGAAGCACGAAACGCAGAGGAAAUGCCAGAAACCCUACCGCUAGUCACUGAAAGCUUGCGAUUCGCAGCCAGAGAAGUGACAUUGUCGUUCAGUAACGUUAAAGGUCCACAGCAGCAGUGAGUUUGAAACCCUUGCUUUCCGGAAGAAGAUCGUGUUAGGUAUUCCAUUAUCAAAUCUUCUGAACCCAUUUGGUUUUCAUCUUAAUGCGUGUUUAUAUGUAAUGAUGUAUGUUGAUGUGUGAUUGUUUUGUUUUAUAGUUUCAUAUUCGUUUCUUGUUCUGUUUUGGAAGUUUUUAUUUUGCCCUAGUGAUUUUAUUUAUGCAUUUCUGUUGUUGUUGGUCAAUGUGAGAAUUUUAUGAAGUGUAUUGUGUUUGUGUAACAGUUUGGUCGAGAAAUGAGCUAUUUUAGUGUCAAGAUACACCAUGGGAGGAAGUUUAGGUUUGAUGGUGAACCUUUACACUAUGUGGGGGAUGAGACUUCGAUAGUGGACUACUGUGAUGAAGAUAGGUGGAGUAGGUUCGAGGCUAUGGAGAUAGUGCUCGAACAGGGAUAUGUGGUAGAGAAUAUCGCUACAAUGUGGUAUAAAUCUCUGAACGAUGAAACAGAUGUAGAGUUGAGGAUGCUUCACACAGACAAGGAUGCCAUGGACAUGGCUAGAAUUGGAAUGAGGGACAACAUGGUGGAGCUUUUUGUUGUUCACAAAGAUGCUACUACAACUAGAAAAGGCUGCACUAUUGAGAAAGUUGAAGAGAUAGAUGGUGAUGAGGCUGCUGCACCCACUGCAGACACUAUUGGGCCUGGUCCAAUUGUGUUGCACAAGGCCCAAUUUCUUGCUCAGGCCAAGGUGGGUAAGAAGCCCAAGGUGGUGACAAAAGCCCAGAAUGAUGUGCUGGAGGAUGGUGAUGAAGAGAGGUCAGAGGGGUCAGAUUUUUUAGGUGAUGAAGAAUCUGAGGAUGAUGACUACCAGCUAGGAAUUGAUGAUGAGGGGGACAGUGAUGAACAAUGGAGUGAAAAUAGCUCUGGAGAUACUGAUCUGCAGGUUGCAUUUGAUGACAGCGAUGAUGAUUGGAAUGGUGAUGGGGGUUUGUAUGAUGUUGAAGUCACAACUACAAAAGAUUCCCAAAGGCCGAAACAGAGUGUUCCAACUGAGAGAGAACAAUGAGAGCACAGUGGCAGUGUUAAUAAGGGUAAGGAGCAAGUGGUGGCUGCUGGAUUAAGGGAUGAGGAUGAUGGGUAUGAGAGUGAGGGGUUGUGGGAUGUCCCUAUAAGUGAUGAUGAAGGGGAUCCCUUGUUCAGGAGAUACCCGGUGUAUAAGGGUUUGAAGAAUAUGAAGGAGUAUAAAUGGAAGGUUGGGACAAUGUACGUAGAUAGGAAUGCUUUUAAGGAAUGUGUAACGAGCUAUGCCGUGCACAGUGGCAGAGGAAUAUGGUUCUUGAAGUGUGAUAGCCAUAGGUGCAAAGCUGUUUGCAAAGAAGGUUGCAAGUCGUUUGCUUACUGCCAUAAGAUGAAGAGAGAGGAUUCAUGGCAACUGACCAGCUGUUACAAAAAACACACAUGCUCUAAGGCAACCAAGAUUGGUAUAAUGAGUUCUCAGUGGCUAAGUAAGGCUUUUAUGAAGAAGAUCUGUGAAAACCUGAAAAUCAAGUUGAGAAGUUUGAUAAAGAAGGCUCAUAGCAAGUGGAAUGUGGAUCUCACAAUGACCAAAGCUGCCAGAGUGAAGCAGCAAGCCCUGGAUGAAAUUAAUGGUACCUAUGGAGAGCAAUAUAGGAGGAUUCAUGACUAUGCUGCGGAGUUACUAAGGUCUAAUCCAGGGUCCACUGUUCAGAUACAAGUGGAGAGACCUCCUGAAUUUGAGCUAGAGACACCACCUCCUGGUACGGACAUGAGACCACGAUUUCAGAGGAUCUAUAUCUGCUUGGAUGCUUGUAAACGGAGUUUCAUGGUGUGCAGACCCAUGAUCGGCCUUGAUGGAUGCUUCAUCAAGACUCCAUAUGGGGGUCAACUUCUAACAGCCAUUGGAUAGGACCCCAAUGAUCAGAUUCUGCCAAUUGCCUAUGCUGUUGUUGAAGCAGAGACGAAAGAUUCGUGGAAAUGGUUUUUGUUGAAUCAGUGUGAUGAUUUGGGAGUUGAUAAGAUCAGAUGGUGUACAUUCAUGAGCGACCAACAAAAGGGAUUGAUCCCAACCUUUGAUGAGUUGCUGCCUGGCAUAGACCACAGGUUUUGUGUCAGGCACUUAUAUAGCAACUUCAGAAAAAGGUUCCCAGGUGUUCAGCUAAAGAUGAUGAUGUGGAAGGCUGCAAAGGCAACAUAUGUCCAGGAAUGGGAGAGGAGGAUGAAGGAGAUUCAGCAGGUUGAUCAAGGAGCUUAUAAUCAUCUCAUGGAGAUCCCUGCCAAGUAUUGGAGCAAGUCCAGGUUUAAUUAUUUUCCUAGAGUUGAUACACUUGUUAACAAUAUGUGUGAGUGUUUUAACUCUGUUAUUGUAGAGGCUAGAGAGAAACCGAUUGUGUCCAUGCUAGAAGACAUUAGGGUUUAUCUAAUGAAUAGGUGGUCUGAUAACAGACAAAGUAUAGUCACAUAUGCCGGAGAAAUAUUGCCAAAAAUAAACAAGAAAAUUGAAAGGGAGUUUGAUAAGGGUGGGGAGUGGCUGGCCAUAUAUGCUGGUAGGGACAAAUAUGAAGUGUCUAGCAGUAAGGGUAAUAGAGCCAAGUUUGUUGUGGACUUAAAUUUACAUGAGUGCUCCUAUAGAAAAUUUCAACUAACAGGUUACCCUUGUGAGCAUGCCAUGAGUUGCAUUAGGAAAAUGUGUCUAGAUGUUAAGAACUAUGUGAACAAGUGUUAUAGGAAAGAGACCUACGUGGACUGCUACCAACAUGUAAUCUACCCACUGAAUGGACCAAAUCUCUGGUCCCGGACUGAGAAUGAUGAUGUGC